AUGGCACAGCUGGAGAAAGAGGUGGAUCAACAGCAGGCCGAGGCCAUGGUGGAGGCAGAGCAGGAGUGGUCUUACCAGGGCAUGAGUGAGGGAGAAGGGCAGCAGGAUGGGAAGACCUCCGUCAGACCAACCACAGACAUGCUGCCCGAUGGAGGAGAUGUCCAAGGGGAGACAGCUUGCACUCAGGUCUCGCUGCCAAAACGCCCAGCGCUGUCAUGGGCAGCCAAGAUCAAGAAGAAGCUGAAGCCAGUAACUCCGUUCCUGGGGAAGUUCAGGCCAGUGGUGGGCCAGUGCUGCCACCAGUGUACCCCCAAGAGCCUGGGGUGGAAGCUGUUGAGGACGUCACCUUUCCUGGGCUAUCAGGAUCUGCUCUGUGUGAAUGAGACACAGACCAGGUUCCGGGGCUGGUUGGUGCGGCGACUGUGCUGUGUGCUGUUUGUGUCGGGGUGCAGGGUGUACCCCGAUCCCGCUGCGGACAGACUGGACAGAAUCAGGAACAGCAGCAGGGUACAGAAGGCGCUCUCCCUCGCGCGCAACGUGUUGGAGCAGUACGACGGGCAGCGCCUCAUGCUCACCACCAGGGGCCAAGCCGCUCACAUCCUCCACAGCAUUGACACCCGCAUCUCACCGUGGCUGCUCCGGGUGAUGAGCUGGAUGCUGCUCAAGCUCCUGAGCGCCUUGUUCUGCAGUGUGCAGGUCAACCUCAGCCAACUGGACGCGCUCCACAGAGCUUCACAGCUGGAGGCCCCCCUGGUGCUUGUGUCUGUGCGACAGUGCAGUCUGGAUUACAUCCUGGUACCGCUGGUCCUCUUCUGUCACAACCUUAGGGUCCCCUACACUAUCUGCCACCUCCGGCUGGGCAACACUUGGCUAAGGUCAGUCCUUCAGAGGUUGGGUGUUAUCUUAUGCCCUCCACAUCCAGUCACAGAGCAAGAUGCAGAGAGGGACAGCCUAUAUGGACCACUCAUGACUGCUUUUGUGGGUGAGCUGCUGAGAGAGGGGCAGAGUGUGAGUUUAACUGUAGAUGCUGGAAGUGGACGCGGAGGGCAGUGGUUGACACGUGUGCGGGAGGCGGUGAGGGAUGGCACCGUUCCAGACGUCAGCCUCGUCCCCGUUAGCAUCUCAUAUGACUGCCCCCUGGCAGACGGACAGGGGAGCCUCCUGUCCUUGCUGCGGGGUGCGGUGUCCCUGCUCUGGGAGGGUCGUCGGGGAAGUGUCAGGAUCCACUUUGCACAGGCCUUCUCUCUGAAGGAGAUGUGUGAAACAGGGAGGUGUCGCGUAGACGGAGGGCGCCCCCUGCAGGAGCUGCUUCUCCCUGUGAUUCUCAAUAAGAGGUUUGAGAGCACAAUUGGGCAGAAGUCUGUGUCCUGGGUCCUACCUCCUGCCUGUUGCCCUGAGUUGCCCCCCUCAGAGAGAGAGCUUACCAUCGCCCUGACUUUGCAUCUGCUGUACUCCGCCACCUCCUGCGCUGCCGUGAUGUCGACCAGCCUGGUUUCCUGCCUGCUGCUGCAUAAACACCGCAAGGGGGUGCGUCUGUCCCAGCUCUGCCGGGACGCCUCGUGGCUCCUGGAGGAGGUCCUCUUCCGGAAUCGGGACGUGGGCUUCGGGGGCUCUCUGUCGGGAGUGAUGUACCACGCCCUGUCCCUACUGCGGCCCUGUCUGGUUAUGAUACAGCUGCCCCCUGUAACGGACCCCCUCCUGGCUCCCCGUCCCUCCGCUGCAGCAAUCGUCGCCCUGUCUCAGCACUGUCACUUGCUCACCCACGUCUUCAUACUGGAGGCUGUUGGAGCAUGUGCAGUGUCGGCCAUGCUGUGGGAGGUUGCGGGAUGUGGAGGGGCAGGAGAGAUGGAGUUUGAUGUGGCUCUGGGCCAGGAGGAGCUCACUGAGAGAGCCCUGCAGCUCUGUCACUUACUACCCCCUGGGCACUUUCCUCCAUGCCAGUCGGCUCACAGCUUUGCAUGCGAUGCAGUGGACAGUCUGGUGCGAUGUGGCAUCCUAGUCAUGGAGGAGCUUCCACGGGACCACCCCGUGUGUGACUUCUGGAAGAGGCAGGGGUCUCUGAUGUGGAGAAGUAUGGACGAUGCAGACCACAGCGAUUCGGACUGCGAGGAACAGGAAUCCCGCAGUUACAAGCUAAACCAGCCUAGCCAGUGCCCGGAUAUGCUGUUCUUCCUCUGCAGUUUGCUGAGUGUCCAGCUGAGGGCGCUGUCCUGGGCCAUUGAGGAGCUUCAGAUCCUCCACACCCCUCUGCCAGAGUCAGAGUGUGUGGCCCACCUGCACGUCUGCUUGUGUGACAGGGCUAGACAGGACCGACGGCACUAUGAGAGCUCAUCCGCAGAUGUGGUGAGAGCUGCAGUCCGAACCCUCAUUGAUCUAGGGGUUCUGAAGGAGAAGGAGGAGAGAGGCAGUGUGUACCUUGGGCUCAGCCCCCUCUUCCAGCAAGUUGAGAACAGGAGCAAGCUCCAUAGCUUCGUCUGCCAAUUCCUCUACAACUAGCUCCUCAUACGCGCCAUCCAGUUCACUUCCAAGUCUGACUGGUGCAGAUAAUCGGCUGUGUGUGAGUGUGCAUUCUCCCCCAUCUUAAACAGCAUAAGCAGUCACACUCGUGUUUGAAAAAUGCAGCCCUUGUGUGAUGGUUGUGUACAUGCACAUGCAU